GGGUGCCAGCGGGUUUGUUUGGAGGUUUUUUUUAAUAUAAAAUUAUUUAUUUAAAUAAAAAUGGCCGCCGUGGAGAGUGGAGAGCAGAGCAUAGAAGAGCGUCAACAAGCAGAAGAGGAGCCUGCGGAGCCUCAGCACCCGACCCAAGCCAAGGACACGCACCACGGCAAGAGUAAAAAAGUCCGUAAAGAACGUCAGCAUGCCGACAGCGGCACGGCGUCCCAGUCGGCAUCAGAGCCACAGUCCAUGAUGUCACGGUCGGAGCCAAAGUCACCGGAUACCUCACGGGAGGGAUCUCCGGAGCCAGAGGGGGCAGGUGAUAGCGAGUCGGCGACUCGGCAGCGGCGCUCGAUUAUUCGGGACAGAGGGCCGUUGUACGAUGACCCAACUCUUCCUGAGGGCUGGGUGCGAAGGCUGAAGCAGAGGAAGUCUGGACGCUCGGCAGGGAAGUUCGAUGUCUACCUGAUCAACUCGGAUGGGAAGGCCUUUCGCUCCAAAGUGGAGCUGAUCGCCUACUUCCAGCGGGUGGGAGACACAACCACGGACCCCAAUGAUUUUGACUUCACUGUGACUGGGCGUGGAAGCCCGUCCCGCCGAGAGAAACGGCCACCGAAGAAAGCCAAAGUGGUGACGACGGUGGGCAGAGGCCGCGGCCGGCCGAAAGGCAGCGGAAAGCUGCACCAGACUACUGAAGGCGUCGCCAUGAAGCGUGUGGUGGAGAAGUCACCGGGUAAACUCUUGGUGAAAAUGCCUUCCAGCAAGGGGGAGUCGUCCGUCGUGGCCUCGUCCUCGGAAAAGAUGGCUGCUUCUUCACUGGCGUCCGCCAAGUCAAAGCCAGGCCGCAAGAGGAAGUCGCAGUCGGCAGUCGUUGCAGCGCAGCCAGCGCCCAAAAAGCGUGGCAGGAAACCAGCGUGGUCGAAGAAACCGCCCGCCGCUGCUGUGGAGCCUUCCACCUUAGCCUCGACCUCUGGUGCCACUGCGGCAGGAAGCCAAAGCUCCGCCUCCAUCUCCGCUGCUGAGCUCAAAAGGAGGACUAUCAAGGAACCGACAACUAAACCGGUCUUGCAGGAAACUACGCUUCCAAUCAAGAAGCGCAAAACAAGAGAGACCAUGGAGGAGGUUGCUCAGACGCCCGUGGCUGCAGCUGCUGAGCUCGGGAUGGGCUCCACUGUGAAACGGGAAGGGAGUCCAGAAGACCCCUCCCCGCCGGAGCAGCCCGCUUGCUCGGACGUCAGUCAGUCACAUGAACACAAGUCUCACAAAAAGAAGAAGCACAAGGACAAGACAGCAGAGGCGGGGGACGAGGAGCCCAAGAGAGGAGACAACAGUAGCAGCAUCAGUCCAUCCAAGAGCCACAAGAGGAAGAGCCGCUCCCCACAUAAACACCACCAUCACCAUCAUCACCACCACCACCAUCAUCACCAUCGACAGUCUGAAGCCCACUCACAGACCAGGCCGCCGGCCCCUUCCCACACAAGCCAGCUCGCCUCCCCGAGUCCGUCAGUCACCAAGCCCUCCCCCCUCCCAUCACAGACCUCGCCCACGCCCCCGCCUCAGUUAAGACCCCAGUCCAGGACACCAGACCAGCCGCCCCUGCAGACCCAGUUCAGAGCCCCUGCUCAACCUCUGCCUCGCUCCCAUCUUAAAGCGCCAGCCCAAGCCCAGUCCAGGCCACCUGCGCCUCAGUUCAGAAGUUCGGCUCAGCUCCACCCUCAGUCCCAGUUCAGAAUCCAAAGUCAAGUUCAGGCCCGGUCGCCUGUCCCACCACAGUCCAGGAGUCAAGGGGAGAUCCAGGCCCAGCCUGAGGUUCUGGCCCGGCCCGACGUGAAGCUGCCUUCAGAGACUCUCCAGAGCCCCAGCCGACAGCAGCAGUCCAGACACAAAGCACACGCUCAGGCCCUCUCGCACCUCGGAGGCCCUCUUUUGCAAAGACCCAACAUGGUUCUGGCCCACAGCGAGGAGCCCGAGGAUCUGAGCACCACACGGCCUCAGGAGAGGAGAAGGGAGGCGGCGGUGACGGUUGGGGCGGGGCGGGGCUCCAACAGCACCUCCUCCAGCUCAAUGCCUCCAAAUCCUCCAGGAGUGGUCUGUGCAGGGAGGGGUCUGGUACCCGGAGCAGAGGGUCGGGACAGACUGCAGGGGGAGCCGGAGCCCGCCGGGGAAGGUAGGGAGCUAAGGGACAUUGCCCCUCAGUCCUCGGUCCCCUGCCCGAGUCCAGAGGAGGCGGUAGACUCAAGGACUAACGUCAGCGAGCGGGUCAGCUGAUGGAGGGGGGGGUCACCAGGUGGACCUAAGGAGCAGGGACCAGGUGAAGACGGUCCUGGGACCCGACCUGCUAGUCUGUGUGUACAUAAUCAAACGGCAGCUGUGGUGUCCCGCUAGUGUCUGUGGGUAGGAACUGAAGACGCUUUGACACUUUAAUGACUGUAUGCUUCCAGAAGAUUCACUUCCUGUUUAUUUAUUUUUUCUGUUGGACCGACUGACCACGACUAACGGAUCCGCUCUCUUCCUGCAAACCACCAGUCGUGUGCCAUCUGACCCAGACCCCGACACCCGCACCCAGGAGUGGAUGUGAGUGUGAAUGAAUGUGGAGUCACAGCAGAGCAUCAUAGGAACUCACACACCGUUCUCUGGUCAGAACCAGUCAGUCAGCAUGACGCAGUACUGAGCUCAGCUAGUGACAGGCGGGUCACAGGUUUGAGCUCCAUCCAGUUCAUCUCAACAGCACGGUUCCGAGGCAGCGUCUGACCGGUACUGACCACUGCACGCUGGACCUCUACCCCAUCCUACUGCUGACGCCUGCCGUCAGUCUCCCUAAAAGUGAAGUGCCCACAUGACCCUGACGGUGUCUAGAUUAUGACCACCCCCCCAUAGCACUUUAAAAAACAGCUUUCCAGUCGGCAGUGGUCAGUACCGAGCAAAGACAGAGGAGGGCCACGACUGGACCACACAUCAGCCAGUGAGCAACUGACCUCAGUUCUAGUGUGAAAGUGGGUCGACUACCACUCAUUCCACUGAAGUCAGUGCGCAGUCUGAAUGUUUCUUGGAAGAUUGGCUCUUGGCACUUUUUAUGGAUCCAGACAAAGAUGUAUUUUCCUAUUGAUGCGAGCAGGUUCACUGAGACACAGAGCUGCAGUUGACUAGGUGGGAGGUCAUGUGGUCACAGGCCGACAGGUUAGUCUCUAAUCCUCAAAUCACUUCUUUCCUGUCAACAAUCACAGCCCCAGAACGUCACAGGGUUCUUCACCUGGUGAUCAUGUUGUUUGGAUGGAUGUACUCGCACUGCUUCGUGUUCCUACUCGCCAUAAACAACUGUGUCAGCUGUUGAGGUUCUGCUGGUGACACUCAUCACGGUCCAUCUGUCCAUCAGGUUAUGAGCCCGCUCGCAUGUUUCCACCCUCCACCGACUCGACCGACGUCAUGUGACUCGACCAGCAGCCAUGUUGUUGCAUGUUGACAGUUUAGUGCCUCCAUUGUUGUUUCUAGACUAGUGAAAGGUUCUGGAGCUAAUAAACAGAAUCGACUGUAGGCAAAAGUAUUUUCUUA